AUUGCGACUCGCUGCAGCUCCAGAAAGUCUGCUCUCUCUAUUCUCCCAUGUGUCGGCGCAAGAUGGCCCGAAGCUGUUGUACUCGUGCAGCCUGUACACCCUACGGCGCUCUCCCCGCAGUCGGCCUGAAUAGCUCUGUGCGAGCUGCAUAUUGCAAAGCGGCCGGCCCUCGUUCUCUUCCAGAGGAAAACUCUCGAUUUGAGAGACGAUAAGUACGACGACCAGGCGUCCAGGAUAUUGGGAAAAGAUAUAGACACAAAGACCGUUCUCUUCUGAGCUUGUGGCAUCUUCCAAAAUGUUUCUUCCACGAACACCGCGCCCUCUCCUUACCUCUCUUUCGUGGGCCCCACGACUCAAGGCCCCGUGUGACAUGUCCCUAUCCCCCCGGCGCACCCUCAAGACCCUCCCCCUCUUCUCACUGGAAGACAAAACAUGCAUUGUGACUGGAUCCGCACGAGGAUUGGGAAAAGAAUUUCUCACGGCCUUUGCUCUCUCCGGCGCCAAAGGAGCCUGCAUUGACUUGUCCAUGAAGGAUUGCGAAUCGUCCAUCGCCUCUAUAGCGUCUCAAGUCCGAGACGCGUACCCGAAUGACCCUGUCCCAGAACUUCGUGCCUACGAGUGCAAUGCCACGAUCGAAUCGGACGUGAAGACCACGUGGGCAAAAAUCGUGGAGGACUUUGGGAAAGUCGAUGUCCUUGUCACAGCUGCAGGAAUCGUAGAUAACGUCGAGGCCGAGAAUUAUGAAUAUGCCCGGUGGCGAAAGAUGCUAGACAUCAACAUUGACGGUUCAUGGCUUUUCGCCCGAGAGGCCGGCAAGCACAUGCUCCAGCACAACAUCCACGGCUCUAUAAUCCUGAUUGCAUCCAUGUCCGCGACGAUCUGUGUCCGUCCCCAGAAGCAGGCUGCAUAUAACACCUCGAAGGGCGCGGUGCAGAUGCUCUCCAAGUCGCUGGCAACUGAAUGGGGCCCAAGAGGCAUCAGAGUCAACAGUCUUAGCCCAGGCUACAUGAAGACAGAUCUUAUAAAGGGAUUGUUGGAAAACGAAGGGAAAGAGCUUGUGAACAACUGGGAAAAGGACAUUCCCAUGGGAAGGAUGGCGGAGCCGCAUGAGCUGAGAGGCACGAUUGUUUGGAUGGCCAGUGACGCCAGCAGUGUGAGGUUCACCUUUCCCUCGAGUUGCUGCGUCCUUUCGUGAAGGAGACAUUUUCACUUGAGCUCGACAGGUUUGACCUCAGCUAACGUCGUGUUGUAGUAUUUGAACGGAAGUGAUGUGAUUGUAGAUGGCGGCUAUACUGCUUGGUGAUCAAGGUGCCCCGCGGGGGGAGGGGGGUGGAACAGUUCAAAAAGCUCCAGGGCCUCAAGCUCUUGACGGGAUAACGCUGGAAACCACACACCAGCCUACGAAGGUCCGGAAAUGUGACGGCUGAGGGAUCUGCUUUGCGAGAGAGAUAGAACCUUACUGGAGAGUGUAUGUGUGGUAAGGACAGCAGUCAAAUGGAAGCAUUCCCGGGUACAACGCACGACAACAGGACCAGCACACCAUGAUUGUUCCUGUGCCAAUAUACGAAGAGAAUGAUAUGGAAACACGAACUUGAAGAACAGGGAUUUUGGGCAUUCACGUCCUUUGAUUGACAGUAGAGCUACCUGCAUAGCCUAUGAUGG